AUGCUGCCGCUGUUGCUGCUGCUGCUCUGGGGGAUGAAGGAGGUAGAGGGUGGGCCUAAGGCCACAAAGGGUUAUAGCCUGGAUGUGGAAAAGACCGUGGUGGUGCAAGAGGGCCUGUGUAUCCAGGUACCCUGUAAGUUCACCUACCCCAAAGAGAAAUGGACUGACUCAGACCCAGUUCAUGGAUACUGGUUUCUGGAGGGAGCCAAUACAGAUCAGGAUCCUCCAGUGGCCACAAAUAACCCAGGGCGGCCAGCACUGAAUACGACCCAGGACCGAUUCUUCCUGUUCGGAGAACCACGGCAGAACAGCUGUUCCCUGUACAUCAGAGAGACCAGCAAGGACGAUGCGAGGUCAUACUUCUUUCGCCUGGAGAGAGGAAAAGCGAGGUUUAAUUAUAAGCAGAACAUGAUGACUCUGCAAGUGACAGACCUCACUUACGCCCCCAACAUCCUUAUCCCGGAGACCCUGGAGGCUGGCCGUCCCAGCAACCUGACCUGUUCUGCGCCUUGGGCCUGUGGGUCCCCCACCUUCUCCUGGACUGGUUCCUCUGUGUCACUCUUGAGCACCAACACCACUGGUUCCGCAGUGCUGACUGUCACCCCUCAGCCUCGGGACCAUGGCACCAACCUCACUUGCCAGGUGACCCUGCCUGGAACUGGUGUGACCACAAGAACGACCAUCCAUCUCAACGUGUUAUAUGCUCCAAUGAAUCUGACUGUGACCAUCUCUCAAGGAGCUGACUCAGAAUCCAUAACCCCAGAGAACGGCUCAUCUCUUCCUGUCUCUGAGGGCCAGUCUCUACGCCUCCUCUGUAGCACCGACAGCUAUCCCCCUGCAAACCUGAGCUGGACCUUGGAUAACCUGAGUCUGUGCCCCUCGAAGCUGUCCAAACCUGGGCUCCUGGAGCUGUUUCCCGUACAUCUUAAGCAUGAAGGAGUGUACACCUGCCAAGCUCAGCACGCCCUGGGCUCCCAGCACUUUUCCCUGAGCCUGUAUCUACAGCGCGGUACAACUUUAUCUGAAGUGACAAUGGGGGCCUUUGUGGGUGCUGGAGCCACAGUCCUCCUCUUCCUGCUUUGUGGCAUCUUCCUCCUGGCGGUGAGAUCCUGCAGGAGGAGACCAGCCAGAUCAGCUGCAGAACCUUCCGAUCCAAAUGCCCUCAAGGGCUCGGUUUCUCAGAGUCCCCUGGUCGAACCCCAGGCAGACAACAGUUCUGAACCCCUGCCUUCCGCAGCUGAGACAGCAUCCUCGGCCGCAGAGGAAGAUGUACAUUAUGCAUCCCUCAGCUUUCGUGAGAUGAAGCCCAAGAGUCCACAGGGGCAGCAGGACACCACCACUGAGUACUCAGAGAUAAAGUUCCACAAGUGA